AUGGCUGUGAGUAUCAGAACCAUUGCUAUUAUAGUGGCAGCGCUUGGUGUCAAGGCUUUUGUAUUUGGAAUUCUAGCUGAAAUCAAAAAGCCUGCUUCUGGAGAGGCUAGCAUGUCGAAAGGAGUUGUUACCUGCAAAUAUCCAUCAGACCCAUCAGUCUUUUUUGGCUUCUUAUCGAUCGCAGCACUCGUUGCUUGCACAUUGGUUGGAGUCUAUUCUAUACUUUAUCCUUACAAAGGCAAACCUGUUCCUUACAAGGCUUUGUUUCACGGCACUGCCAUGCUUGUGUUCUUCCAAAUUGCCCUGUUGGUGUCCAUGUUGGCUGUAGGGAUGCUGCUGUGGGCAACAACCACUGAGAUCAUUCACUUGACAAAGAACGUGCAUCAUCAUAACAUGGCUAAAUGUCCGACAGCCAAGACUGGCCUUUUUGGUGGUGCUGCCUUCUUGGCUUUGGAUGCUUCCCUCUUCUGGCUAAUUUGCUUAAUGCUCGCAAGCAAUGCCAGAGAGGAUUACUUUGGUGAGGCAGAAGACGAUCAGAAAGGUGAAUAUGGCCAAGUUCUAAUUACAGAAUAUGAGACCAAGGAAGAAAGCAAAGCUCGAAAGUUUUAA